AUGGAGCUGGAGAAAGAAACAACAGAGUGUGGGGUGAAGAGAAUAGCGUUGAAAUAUAAAGAUGAAUUUUUACAUGACUGGACUCUUAUUUGCACAAGGAUUGAGAAUGGAUUGAAGUUGGGAGAUCAGUUAAGGCAAGCUCUAGAAGAAAGGGCGUCAUUGGAGGAAAUGUAUUCAAAUGGGUUAGAGAGAAUUUCUUCCAGAUUUUUUCCAUCAGCAACGGAAAGUACGAGUAUGACUUUUGCAAUCAGAACUCUAAGGAAUGAAACUUAUAGAAGGUCUCAGCAAUGCAGAGAGCUCUGUGAGACUUUGAGAUCCGAUGUAUUAAAAGAUACAUUGAAUAAUAUGCUAGAAAAUCACAAAUCUGCAUAUUGCCAUUUACUUUCGUCAGGAAAAAGAAUAACAUCGGAGAUUCAGAAAAGAUACCUGAACUUCACAAGAUUAAGAGAUAAUUAUGGGAUUGCAAGGCAUAACAUAGGCCAACUAAGUUUAAGAUACCACGAAUUGAAUAGGUCAAAAUCUUCACAAGAAAAAAUAACUUUGUUGAGCAAAGAAAUACUUCGAAAGAUACUUGAGUUGGAUGAUUUAGAAAAAGAAUAUAACAAUAGUAUUGAAAGUUUUGAUACUUACUACAAGUUUUAUUUGACGGAAAUGAAGAACAUUAUUGGUAUAUUGGAAGAUAUGGAUACGAAAAGAAUUAAAUGUAUUUCGGACACUUUUAUGAAAUUGAUGGUUUAUGAUAUGAGUUACAUCCGAAAUUUACAAUAUGACUCAGACCAUGUAAUAAAAUCAAUACAGGAGAUUGAUGUCGAAGAGGAUAUUUAUGAGUUUGCAAAUAGAUUUGGAAUUAGUAAUAAUAAGAGCCAGGAUUCGGAGAAUAACAUGGUUAAUUCGACAAUUUUCACUGGAACAUACAAAUUCAGUGCCGACCAAGUGAAGAAGGAAAGCUGGAGAGAAAUAUGUAGAAAAAUGAGUAAUUUAAAAAUAAAUGAUGAUGAAUUUAUUACAUUUUCUACAUCUCAAAUGGCAGAGAAAAAUAUUGCUCUUGAUAAUAUUGUAGAUUUACAAGCUAUUAUUUCAAAUUUGGUAAAUCCUGCAACUGCAAUUAAGGCCCAAAAAGCUGUGAAAAUUUUGCUUUCUCAGUUUAAUAUGAUUGUAAAUGAAAAUACAAAAAAUUAUAUUCAUGAAAAUUAUUUUAACGAUUUAGAAUUUCAAGAAAAUAUCGAGAACGUAUUGGUUAAGGAUGAGAAAAGUCAUUCAAUGGAAUCAUUUUCUACAGCAUGUUCAAAUGAAGGAGUAACAUCUAAAAAUAAAGACAAAAAUUCUGAGAAUAUGAUCAUUCCAGAUGAAAGCUGUACUGAAAAUAAUAUUGAAAGAGUUGAUUUUGGAAAUAUUUACAAAGAGUUUCUUAAAAUUAUAAUGGAUUUAAAUGAAAGAAAUAAUCCAGAAUCAAAACAAGUGAUUGAAAAAGCAUUAGAAUUGAUACAUGAUAAAGAGAUCGGAUUAAAAGAAUAUGUUAAUUGUGAUUUGUAUCUGAGUGUAAUAAUAGACGAGAUUUUGAAAGAAGAUAUCCAUAAAUUACACUUAUAUUUGGGCGAUGAAUUGACUCAGGUAUUAUUUAAGCAUAUGGACAUGAUCAUGGAGUUGAUUCAAAAUGAAAAGAACACCUGGCUAUUCAGAAAAAUGUUAUUUAUAUCCGAAUCUUUAAUAAUUGAUGAUAUUGAGUUAUUUGCAAAUAUAUAUAAGCAUGAUGUUUGGAGUGUUGUAAAAAUAUGGGAGGAAACUAUUUUAAUAUGUAUUUCUGAACAAUUUCAAAGAAGAAUACUAGAAUCUGAUAAUAUUGAGCUUGAAAAAUUUAGAAUGGUCAAAGACAUUAAAUGUUUUGAUAUUUUAAACAAUGUGGAAACUUUGUCUUAUUUAAUGAAGAGAUUUGGUAUACCUGAAAUUCCUAUUAUAACACUAUUCACGAAAGUUUGCAGCCAAAAUGGAUUAGAAAAAAAUUAUUGUGAUCAGUUAAUAUGUAAAAUAAAAAAUACAAAAUGA